AUGUCUUCCGGGUCUUUAAAAGAGCUUUCAAGGUCUAUCACUGCCUCCGCCCCCACCCUAGCUCUUCCUCUCCCGGACGAUCUAAGCCAAGUCAUAAACGCAUAUCUCGAUAAACAUGCUGUCUACGAAGACUCCGACUCCCAGCGCCUGCAAGAGGAGUUGCUGAUUGUCUACCAGAGGUCCAUCCUCGACUAUCCCAGCCGUCUCGCGCCGUUCCUGAACAUCCUGCGAACCUUGAAGCCGAACAUCAGAGGUUCCGGCAGGCUGCUUCAGUGGUGGGAUAAACUCAAUGGACCGAUUUUUCUACACCUGGGCGUAGAAAAAGGAUUGGCAUCCGAGGCCAGGGACACAUUACUGGGAAUCUUGAUCUACGAUGAGGAGGAGGAGGAGCAUUUGAAAGAGGCAAAGGCGACCAGUGAUGCGGUGGCAGAUAGUUUGAUGUCCACAUGGCUUGCCAAAUCCAAACUGGCAUUGGAGGAGUUCAAUGAUCAUGCGAAGUUCGUGGAAACGCAGAUCCAAUCGAUCUUGCUUGCAUUUGGUAAGAAAAGACCGAAGGACCUCCUGACGACGAUCGACAAGUUCUUCAUCCAGAGGGGCAGCCGAAUACUGGCUCUUUCACUUCUCUGCGAGUUCUUCAGACACCAACCUCCACAUCUUCAUCAAAUGCUGCAAACUCCUCUUUUCGACAAUCUUCUACGAUGCCUCCAAAUCGAUACCUCCACAAGGUCUAUAUCGCUGGCAAUGACGGCAUUAAUCAUGUUCCUACCACAUAUACCGAAUGCUUCUUCCCAAUAUCUUCCCGCACUGUUCAAUAUCUAUCGUCGAAUGCUUUUCUGGGACAAGGAACGCCGAAUUGUGGAUCCUAUUCCUUCCACAGCUGAGGACGACCCGGAUAGUGAGAAUGAGCAAAGCCCCAAUCAAACGGGGAAAUGGAAAAAACUUGCCUUUUUGCUGGAUUCCGAAGACGAAACCGUUCCAGAACUGCUUCAUUACUUUACGUUCUUGUACGGCUUAUAUCCUCUGAAUUUCAUGAGCUACAUCCGAAAACCCCAGAGAUACCUGCGACAUGCCAGGUUUCCAGGAGCCGACGAUUUGAUUAUCGAGCCUAGGGAUAUCCAACAAAGAUCGGAACCCUUCAGACAGGUCCAUUUAAUGCAUCCGAACUUCUUCAUGUUGACUAUAGACUCUGAACUUACGGAUAAAAAGCGUUGGCAGAAAAGUUCGGCUCCGGAUGUUGUUGCUGAAUGCAUGGCUCUGUAUGUUCCCAGCGAGGAUGGCCACGAGCAUGCUCCCAGACUAAGAGGACCGGUCAAAAAAGUUGAGCAGAAUGCAGAUAUUCCUGACCAGCCCCUGCUUGAUUCUGAGCCACCCAGUGCUUCUCAAUCCAGAGCCACUAGCUGGCGGGAUACCCGAUCAACAGCCGUCGUCACACCAGAGGGAUAUCGUCCUUCAUCUGGUCUCAGCCUGCAUCGUAAGCUUUCUCAGACAUCACAGUCAAUGCCUUCGGAUGCCGAAUCUCCUAUCCUGAGACCUCUAGAGCACCAAGAGAGCCCGACAAUCCAACCACAACGGAUUGGGUCUCCUCCCAGCCAGCUUUCUGACAUGCCGAACACGCAGAUUUCCACUCGGGGAAGUCUUUACCAGGCGGUGACCAACGACUCAGUGGGUUCUCUGCCUGCUUCUGGCAACAACGUUCCAUCCCAUGUCAAUGCUUUUCUCGAUUCGUUGACGCGAGACACCAUUCCCAGAUCUCCGUCACUGCGACCAACUACUGCUGCCAGCGGGCUGAAAGUUGCAUACCUUCAACGCGAGAUUCAGCUGUUAAAGAAUGAUCUGAAUUUUGAACGUUAUCUCAAGCAGCAACAUCUGUCACAUAUCGGCAAGAUUCACAGACAGCAGAUCCGCGAAGCAAGAUUAGAGGCGGAGACGCAGCAUCUCUUGAACUACAACCGUGGGCUGAAAGCCAAGUUUAAAGAAGCUAAAAAAGUGAACACCCAGUUGAGGAAGGAGACCGAUAAAUCCAAGACUCAUGCCAGAAAAUGGGAAGCUGAUCUCACUGCCAAGCUGCGAGUACUUCGAGAGGAGCAGAAGAAGUGGAAUCUGGAACGGGAAAGGCUUGUCGGCGACCUCACCACUUCCCGAGAAUCGAACAACAAGCUCCAGAUUAUCAUCGUCGAGGCUGAGCGUCGGGCAACCGAUGCAGACCAAACAGUCAAGAGCGUGAAGAGUAACCUCGACGAACUAGAACGCCUACGCAAAGAUGUUGACGGGAUGUCCAAGAAAAUCGUCAAACUAGAAGUCGGCGCGCGCGAAGGCGACCGAGCAAAAGAGCGAGAGGAAGCCGCUCUCAACCGCGCCCACCUUCUGGAAAUGGAAAUCUUGGCCCGCGACUCCGAGCUUGCCAAAGCCCGAGCAUCAUUUGAAGCCGAGCUAGAAAACAUCCGCAGCCAAGAAGAUACUGCCUCUUUCCGGAGCGAGGAGCCCGAGAAAGCACAUCUGAGCCACGUUUUUCUUGACACCGCUAUGGCUGCUUCCCGCCACCGAAUCAACGAGCUCCAGAUGUCGUAUAACCAUCUCUUGAAGCGGUAUACACGCCUUCAGGCCGCGUACUCUGGCCUCCGCGAACAGGUCGAUGCUAUUGGAGACGGUGACGAGCCUCUGCUUGGCGGAUCCUCCCCUUUCGGCGCAGGCCACGGGAUCACAAGUCGUCGCUCGGAGCCGGAUCAACCUACUGUCUUCGAAAAUGGCUCAUGUUCUCCGUUUCCACAGAGACCAGGUCGAUCAGACACGUUGCAGACGUACCGGCAGUCUCCUGUAGAUGAGAGGAGCCCUACGUUAUCUGGAGGUCCUGGGUACCAUUUUCAGGCAUCGCAGCCGUAUGGGCCCUCGAGUAUGGCGGGCACGUGGAGGAGUGCGGAGAGUGGGAGUGGUGAUAGUCACGCCGGUGGAGUGCCAAAGAUUAAGCCGCAGAGUGAUGUCCGGGUUUUUGGACGAGGCGGCGUCCAAAACAUCGGCAAGAAAGAAGGCGAGAAGAAAGACAGGAAAGUGGCGGAGCUGGCUGCCAAAGAGGCGGCGAAGGCGGAAGCUGCUGCGACUGAGGAUGCGAAGAAGGAGGAGAAGAAGAGUGUUGGGAGGGGCUAG